CUGUGCAGGUUCAAGGACAGGUUUCAAUGACGACAAAGCUUUAGACAUCAGAUUUUACAACCAAAACUGGAUGAAGUCUAUAUCCGAUACGACUCCAGUAUCUGCUAUUACCAUUCCUGGAACACACGACAGCUCGUCAUUGUAUGGAGGACCACUAAUUCAAUGUCAAGUUUGGACUCUGGAAAAGCAACUUAAUGUGGGAAUCCGGUAUUUUGAUAUGCAUGCUGGUCUUUGGUUGCCAAGCCAUCAGCAGAUGUAUGCGCGGAAUAGUCAUUGGAAGCUUUGGAAGCUAAUUAAAUUUGAUGAAAUCCUACAGAUCAUUUUCAACUUCUUAGAUGCCCAUGGGAGUGAGACAGUGCUUUUAAAGGUGACAUUACAUGGACCUUUAAAGAAAAAUGUGGGGAAACUGAUGAAUGAAUCAAUCAAAAAGUUCAAAAAUAGAAUAUGGACUGCUUGGUCAGUACCCAACAUGCAACAGGCAAGGGGCAAAAUAGUUUUUCUCCGUAGUAAAACAUAUCCUGUCGGUACACUAAACCACAAAUCAUUUUUCUUUGAACAUAAUAAGCUAGAAAAUGUCGAAGACAAAAUAAAGUCAAUCAAGUCACACCUCUGUAACGAUUAUAUUGUUCAAACUGGCAAAGCAGCAGAAACUCAUCGAAGUCCUAAAACCAUAGCGAAAAAAAUUAACAAACGGCUUUAUGACUUUGUAAAGCAUCAUAAAAAAAGCUCCUCAAACCAAGGGUGCUUAGGGGUCUUAAGUAUGGACUUCCCCGGUGCUGAUGUCAUUAAGGAAAUCAUUCAAAUCCCACCAUGCAAAUGUGGCAGAGGGGGAGGAAUAGGGCAAAACCACAAUCAGGAAAAUUCUAAAACAACAACUACAACACAAGGCUCACAGGCUAUAUCGCGUAUUUAG